AGACCACUUCUUCUCUCAUUACAGUGAUCUAGUGAAGGGAAGGCGACCGCUACUUCUUCCGCGCCUGCGUCUGCUACCUGUGUGUGUGUGUGUGUCAUUUCCGACUGCUAGCGUCCCCUCAGCUCAUGCUCUACUGCUUUCAUUGGUUUCUCUUGUGGACCUCAACACCUCAGCGUGUCCACUCUCUCUUCAAAAUUUUUACUCUCUUCUGAUAAAUCUACAAAUUAAUUUGACACACACACAAUCACCAAGGUCAAACCUCCUUAUCCUUCUCCAAGACACUUAGCUUCCGACACCCCAUCUAUCUACAAGCAAAGACUUCAACACUCAACGUCUUCAUCAUGUUUGGAAUGCUGAAUCCCGUCAGUGCCGUGACCAGCCAGCUACCCGGCGGUGGUGACGGUGGGGAUGAAGGUGACAAGGAGAAGGGAGGAAGAGGCAGAGAGAGAGCGUCUGGAGGCCAUCAGGGAGGCUGAGGAGAGGCGUAAGGAGAAGCACCGCAAGCUGGAGGAGGAGCGAGAAGGCAUGAGACAAGGCAUCAGGGACAAGUAUAACAUCAAGAAGAAAGAAGAGGUGAUGCCAGAAGAACCCCAAAUGCCAGAUAACCCGCUCAUGAGGAAGAAGAAGACACCCGAGGAACUUGCUGCAGAAGCCGAGGCCGAAGAUCAGGAUGACUUUACGAAGUUGAAAAACACCAUAGAAACACAAAUAAAUGAAGUGAAACAGCAAAUAGAAGAAAAAGUGUCCACAGCCACGGAUGGCAAGUGCGUCCUGCAGUAAGGGCCUCCUCAGGCUACCCUGUGGGUCCUCCCGCCGCUAUGCAACAUGAAAGGCCUACAACCGUCUCCUUUCUAGGGCGACGACUUUACCACUAUCUCUCUCUACCCCUGGCUGCGGUACUCCUGUCUUCUCCUCCGGGCUGAACAACUGCACCAGAGUUCAUUGUAUUCUAUCAGCGACAACAACCAGAUUUGUUUCCAGCCUUUAGAGUUUGAAGCGAACAGUUCAUGAACAUUCAUACCAGGUACAAUAUAAGACCUCUAGUGACAGCAGGCUAGUCCACCAUAGCUUGUCCUAAGACUGCCACCACCAUCUUUACAGAAAAGAUAACGUUAACAUACUGGAAGACUUAGACAGUCAUGAAAAUAAUGGUACUUAAUCUGUUAAGUUGCCAAAUACCUAACUCAUACAUUUCUAGUCCUUUUCGUUAAGAAGAAAAACGAACAUAUGAGUGAAGGAGAAAAUGCUUCGAUUUUAUUUCCUCGCUUGUCAUCUGGUUAUGAGUAAAUGAUUCAACAGUAGGAAUGCUGUGUAGCUGAUUCACGAAGACCUGAGUUCUCAGUGCACUUUCACUUGCCUUCCUACGAAAAAAAAAUCUAUUUAUAAGAGCCUUUACUUGAAAGUGAUUUUGUAUAUAGUGUCCCCUUUCUUACAAGUGCUACCAAAUGGUAAAGUGAGAUCGUUAAACAAUGUACCCUUUUCAUAUAGGAAGUUUUACUCAUGUCAGGUCAGAGAGGCAGAUGGUAAAAGAUGCUCGCUGGUGCGGCAGCUGCUUCUUCAUCGUCACUAGCGUCACCACCAAUAGUUUCGAGCCAUGUUCUCCAGUCUGGUCAAGUUUAGAUAGUGAGUCAAGUUUUACGUGUUCAAAAUUUAGACGUAAGAGAGGUGGAUGCGUACAUUUUCUCAAGUAGACUUAUCCAGCCGACAUCUUUAUCCAUGGUGCCUGCUGCCCGCCUUCCCUUGGUUGAGCAGACCCCUAUGGUGUGGUGCCCCGCCCGGAGGCGAGGACGGGCACUACCGCGCCAGCUUCUAAGUUCAAGUUGUUACCGAGGUGUAACCCAACUUAAUCGUCGAUCAUCGAAAUCUCCGUUCGUCUAGCUUGUUUAUUACCAGUGUGUUAAUGAAGUUGAGGUUACGUUGUACUUAUGAAAUUAAGGAUAUGUUAAGGUCAGGGCAUUUGACUGCAUGUAGAAGCAACUAGCCUAUGUCUGUUUGUCAUUGCUGGAUUUGCACUUCUCAUGAUUGGUCAAAACAGGUCUGUUUUACAGCGUCUGUUGAAUCACCACUUAAUUUAGAAUUUUCGAACUUCAGGGUAUGACAUUUCAGUUACUUCAGUGCAAUACAUUUGACUACUAAACUAUUAGAUGUUUCAAAACUUUACUCAUGCAACAAAAUUGUCUUACAAAAAUAAGUAGACAAAUCUCUAAAUACACACACACACACACACACACACACACACACACACACACACACACACACACACACACACGAUGAGAUAACUAAAUAAAGAUAGUUUCAAAAGUAACUAGAUAAUUUUGGACAUGUCUAUGCUCGCAAAGUGUCAAGCAUGAGUUACCCUUCAUGCCCAGGGGAAAUUUUUCAGUGGAGAUAACAUUCUUGAUUAUCCUUCAAAGCUAAACCUUUCGUUUGAAAAUAUAACGUAAAAGUUCAUACUGAGUUGAUAUUCAAUAACAGUAUUUGUUUCGUUUGGCCUCAUGCAUGACUGGGAUCCACCAACACUUGUCACCGGGAGCAUACACAUCUACCAAUUAGCCUGGUCAGAUUCUUCCUCUCGUAACAUUCAUAUUGCAGUUUACUACAGAGGGUGAUGAGUAGGAGAUUGCCCGCCAAAAAUGUCACUCCAAAAGCUGUUGAUUUUACAGUACUGUCAAAUGUGUUGUGCAGCGAGUGUCUCGGGGCCACACUCCCUCCCCCUGGCGGUGCCCUAUGCCGUGGCCAGCCACCCGAGGGAGAGAGGAGCCCCGUGGCACUCUUCUCGUGUCCGUGGAAACCUGAGUAUCUUGUCUCUUAAUUUCAUGAUGUUUAAAAGACGAUUUUUUGUGUAUUAUCUUGUUUGUUUAAAUCAUGUAUAUGUUGUGUAUAUAAGACGUGUGACCUUGGCGGCUAAAAUGCUACUACGAUUCUCACUUGACGGGAGAGACGGUUUGGCAGUAACCCACAUUCAUGCUACUUUGACUCCACAAAUUACUUCAAUAACUGAUUGUUUCAGUAUAAAGUGAUAAAACAUUAUCUGUUAAUCAUAACUAGAAAAUGCAUCCAAUGGAGUUCAAUAUAAACAACUAUCUUUUGAAAAAAAAAAAUUAAAUAUUGUUAGAUAACGCGUAGUAAUUGUUUAUCAGUGUAAUUCUGCAAUUCCAAGCAUUAGGGGGGAAGCAAGCGUCCGUACUUGAUGCAUAUUUCCGACAUUUUAUAAUAGAUUUUAUAUUUGCCUUAAGUCAUUUCUUUGUUCUGUAUAGGUAGGUUGGUGAGAGCCAGCACCCAAGGUUGGCCAGAGCGCGUGCGUGUGUGUGACGAUGUAUCGUGAGCAAAACUACACCCUGUUGUUAUUAGCAGGCGUCAGUCUUUAAAUCACAAUUGUUAUCUUGAGACAGAAGUGUUUAUGCAUAUGUAUAUUGCCAUGUUUACGUGCAGAUAUACAUAUGCUGUGCCCAUACGUGAUGUAAUGUUGCCAAGUAUCAAACACUGCAAGUUUCCCGAUUCCGACUCUAGCCACCUCGUUGGUGUGUCCCUCUCUGCUCUUAGGCCGCUCCGGACUCGGACAACAUGCAGUGUCGUCGUGGUGUGUGUUGUCUAUAUGUAUAUAUACUAGCCUCACCUAGAUGUGUUUAUAGCUUUGUUCGAAUCUCUGAUACUCUUGUGAGAAGUAUGGCUAAUGAGGUACAUGCAUAAUGAAUGAGUAGUACGUAAGUCAUGGCUUCCUUCACAGUAAAUAUUUUCCUGAGAUUAAAUUUUCUGAAACAUAUGUAUACAAAGGGAAGUUUGAUGUCAGGGCACCAUGAAGGGGAGCAACACUAGUGCACAUAACGUAAUCCUUAGGUGAUAGAGGCCGAUACUUGGCGCAUGAUGAACCAAAGUUGACGAGGCCGAGGUGGCCGCCGCUCGUCGCUGCGCGCUGACUGGACCUGCGCAGCGAGGGGCAGGGCAGGCUGCUCCACUUUUGGGCUGACUCACCUCGAAAACCACUUCAUUUCGCUGAUUUUCAUCUUUCCGAAACACUGUCACACACUAUUUCUAAAAGCGAGGCUGACAUAUCCCUGAGCAGUGCUGGAAUAAGGUGCGGACCAGAGUACCAGGAAGCCCCGGCGAAGGAGAACAGGUGGCAGGAGCUACUGGGCCCCGACAGCCACACCCUAUCCCUAGCAGAUUGCCUUGAUGAAAGUAACAAGUGAAGUUUGAACACGAUACAUCAUUGUCGUCACGCACCCUAGUCGAGUAUGCGAUACGUCUGGCAACAACACAAAUCAAAAUAACCAAGCGACUUGUCCUGUUAGUAACAUAUUUAGCGAUCAACAUGUAUAUUGUAUUACGACAAUGAUUAUUUUCCUUAGCUUUACUAUGAGUUUUAAAGUCUUGCUUGAAAUGUAUGAAUUUAUUAUUAUUAUUAUUAUUGUUAUUAUUAUUAUUAUUUAUUUUUAUUUAUUUAUUUAUUUAUUUAUUUUAUCUUUUUUUUCUGCGCGUUACAAUAGAUCAAAGGGAUUUACCAAUCGACUAAAAUUAAUGAGAUUCACCAGCAGAUGGAGUCCUGCAACGUGUCUCUUCCGUGAAAAGAGAAAAUAAAUUUGUAGACUUUUGCUUACUGAAGCCAGAAUCAUACCCUAAAUUACUUUUUCAUCUAGACAAGUUGUUCUGACCCUUGUUGUUAACUACCGUUGUUGUUGAUUUGAUAGCCAGAUACUACUAGCGAAUUAUGGUUGUUAGUCAUUGUAAUCCGGUAGGAACUACACGAGUUAAUUCUCUCUCUCUCUCUCUCUCUCUCUCUCUCUCUCUCUCUCUCUCUCUCUCUCUCUCUCUCUCCUAUAUGACUUUCUCAGUUGGAUCUCUCCUCUGAUUUAUCUCUGCAUUCCUUGCUUUCUUCCUUCCUUCACCUCCUUCUGACUACCACCCUCCACCCCUCUUCCUCGUACGGUGAGCUCUCGCCUAGGGCAAAAUCUAUAGCCUUGUUGUAACAUUCUCUGGAUGCUCCAUUUGACCUUUUCACGAACUCUUACCAUUUCUUGUUGGGUAAAAAAAAAUUCAAAUGAUACGAUGCUACUAAAAAUAAUACAUAUAAGAAAUAAUUGUGGAAUAUCAUAAAUUACAUAUAACAUAUAAGACGUGUAUGCUUAUAAGCUACUUUGCCUUCUUCAGGAGCUCACUGUAUUUCUUUAGUCCCUAGAAAGCCAAUUAGAAUGUUGCUGUGUGUAACAGAGCGCCAUUCUCACUGGCUGUUAAUGUCACUUGAGUAUAGGAACGGUAUGUGUCCAGGACGGAUGUUCUUACCUGAUUUAUAAACAUUUAUGUACAUGUCUUGUGGACCGUAUCGUCUUAGGAAUGAAACAAUGAUAUAACUGAUAAACUAAAUGAUAACAAAACCGUAGAUAUUAAUACCCGUGGCAGGAUAAAAGUGUUUGUUACCUGGCCUGAGUGGAACCUGACACGGUCUCACGAGGGUCCUCAAGACCGAGCCGUGCACAAUGCGACGACUAACGCUUCAUUAACACCAGGGAGGAAUUUUCUCAAUGUCAGGUUAAUUUCCGGGGGUUUAAGAGUAAUCACGAUGCUACCGAGAGUAAACCGUUGAAAGGAAGAAAGGUUUUAAUGCCUGGGACUGACCUGGGCAAGAUAUUCCUUCAGACUCAAAGAGCGAAGACCAGUGAGGGCUGGAGGAACUCUACUGCCCGGGCGGUGCAGGUCAUGUCUCCUGUCUUCCCGCGAAGCGACAAGGCUCGUCAUUUAUUCCGUACGUUUACGAUGUUACCUUCCAGUUGAGCCGAAAAAAGAAGCAAUGGUGAUAUACAUAAAAAAGCAAAACCUGAAAAAAAGUAACACAACGCAACCUUUAAUAUUCUUCCUUAGCCAGCACUCGCCUCACUCUGCUCUCACAGCUCACACCACCAACACAGGUCUUGGGGUCUGCUAUGUCUGCUGUAUGGAAAGAUAAGGAACCUCGGCGUUAGCUGGGCUGCCGUUCCCUCCAGCUUGAGUUUUUUUAUUUUGCGUCUUGAUGGUUUACGCAACAUUCAGAGUAUCGAACAGCUGCUUUAUUGCCACUUUGGAGAUCAUUCCGUAUUUCAUUUAAGUUUAAAGUACACAUAUCAGUUAUCGUAUCAAAGUACUUACUUAAAUUCACGAUGUAGUGUAAUCAGCUGCACGUUAAGUAUUCUUUGUAAUCUCUUAGCUUGCGUUCGUAGUAUUUUUCGAGGAAGGGUUGCGGGGUGCCCGCCGGAGGACCAUCAUGACCUACUAACUAUGCACUGCUACUUCUUGAUAUACUCGUAGGAUGACUUCCUUCGUAGCCUGGUCCUGUAUUUCUGUCAGUGUUGUGCAUGUCUUGUGAACAUGAGUAAAUAAUUAUAUAAUGAAGCGUUACUAUAAAUCAUUAUCUAAGGUUAGAAAGUUUAUAGAAAACGUGAAUCGGGAAGCCCGUCUGAAUUGUUUAUUUGUCACUUUCCUCUUUCAAUGUAAGAAAAGUGAGAAGCCUUGCUGUAAAUUUCUGUUUCCUAGAAAAAAAUGUAUCCAUUACAUCUCCUAGUAUUUUUCACUCAGCUUUCCCCUUUCACUCCCUACUCUCCAGUUUACCAAAGCUAACACUAGUUGGUAGGAACUAGCAACAAGGUGUGUUCUGUGGGUUUCCCGUUGUAUGACCUUUCCUUUCCUAUGAGAGUUUUAGUUAUACCUAAUUCUAAUUCUUAGAAUCAAGCAACACUUUCUCUGUCACUCUCAUGCUUCCUGAAGAUACACUAAUUUUGCAACUAAAGAAUGUCUUGGGUCGCUGAGGUGGGCCGCACAGGCCUUAGGCGCCACAGCCGGGCGGGUUGUGACGGAUAACUGCAUCCUUAUUUUUGUAACACUGACUAGAGAGUGUUCUCCACUCCGGGCGAACAUCAACAUGGCCUUUUUUGUGUAGGAUUCAUUGUCAAUGAUUUAUAACACUUAGGUUUUAUGAGAUUGUAGUUGGAGAUCAAAUUAUAUUAUUUAACUUUAUUUGAUAUGAAAGAAAUAGUUUUGGUAAUAUCAUUAGAAAAUGACAGUUAUAGAUGUAUUAUACAGAUGCAUUUGUAGUUAUUGACAUUUUUGAAACAAGAGUUCAAGAGAACUGCCCAGAAACAUAUCCAGAGCAAGCCACCCUCGCCCCUGUUUUCUGUAAGUUACUUGAGAAAAAGAUGUAAACAAUUGAGAAUGUUUUCGGCAUGAGUUCUUAUCAUUGUUAUGGGUAGAGCAGUCUUCUUUAGGUAGUUUUACCGAUGUUGAAAAUACCUGUGAUGUGAACAGUUAGUUGGUAAAUCAUCCCUUUGUUUAUUUCUGCUCACGGAGCAAGCCCGCCACUCCCUUUGCAGUCACACUAUUGUAAUAAAUAAGAUACAGAGGA